AUGUCUACCACUGUUAAUAAUAACGAAGCCUCUAGUAGUAGUACCUCUGCCUCUAAUAGCGCUGAAUCCUUUGAUUUAAGAAUGAAAUCAAUGGAAGAUCAAAUCAACAACCUUUCCUUAGCCUUUACAAGAUUCAUGAAAGAACCUAUGUUCUCUUCUAAUACCAAUUCAAGUAGCCAACCUUCUCAUGAUAACUCUGACACCGAGAAUGAACAAAGUGAAGAUGAAUCAAGUAACAAUGUCGAUGUUCCAACCGAUUAUCAAUUAUCCGAUACCUUACUUGGUCAGUACAAACAUAUGGUAAACAAUCAAGGUUUACUCGUCGAAGAAGAAUGUAUCCUCAAGAAAGAUGAGAUAUCCGAAUUGAAUAAAGUAUUCAACUUUCCAUCUAACUUCCAAGUGAAUGUCGCUCCAUUCGGUACACCUGAAGGUAUUACUGUAUCAUCCAACGUCAAAAACAAUGAUACUGACUUGUUGAUUGUCGAAAAGCGAAUCAACGAUAGCUUGAAACCUUUGCUUCUCAUAUCAAGUAUGUUAUCAUCUGAUAGCUCUAAUGUCGAUGUAGAACUUAUUAGUUACUUAACUCAGAGUGCAAUCGUCUUAGCUGUUAAUGCUCAAGCAUCGCUUAGUCGUGUCCGUCGUAACAACAUCGCUAAAGAAAUCUAUGGUUCUGAAGUACUCUUACCAAUUAAGAUCAAGGAUACACCAAAGAUGUUUGAUGAAACUGAAACUGAACGUGUAAGAAAGCUAGCCAAGUCAAUCAGAAAGAACAACGAAGCAAAACAAUCAUUGUUAAAAUUGAAUUAUCAUUCCAAGCCCAAUGUCAAGAAAUUAGUUAACUCAAGUGGUAAUAACACUACAGGAAACAGUAGUAAUAGUAAAUCCAGUAGUGGGAGUAAUGGCCGAUCUAACAACUUCAAUGGAUCACCAAGUAAUGUUGCAUCAGGUAGCAACAAUACCAAGUCUGCCAACGGUACCAACAACCGUUUUCAGAAGAACAAGAAGUAA